ACCAGCACCAAGUGGUGUGCCUCUCCGGGGGUGUGUGCAGAAGGCUCCAGGAUAAAUAGGAGGCUCCUAGUUCUGGGUGACACUGGAGCCCGCUGGCUGCCCGCCCCGGGUGUUUCCCUGCUCUGUAGCCAGGCUGCCUGCUGCUUAGUUUCGCUUCCUCCUGGCUCGGGGGAUUAGUUUCCAAGCACUCUCUCGGUGCCAGGGCCCGGGAAGGGCACAGAGAAGGAGCCUGAAGACUCGUCCAGGGGCUGCCCUGCCCCUCACAGCACAGUUGAUGGAUCCGACAGCCCCGGGCAGCAGUGUCAGCUCCCUACCGCUGCUCCUAGCCUUUGCCCUGGGUCUUGCGAUUCUCCACUGCGUGGUAGCAGAUGGGAACACAACAAGAACACCUGAAACCAAUAGCUCUCUUUGUGGAGCUCCUGGGGAAAACUGCACAGGUACCACCCCUAGACAGAAGGUGAAAACCCACUUUUCUCGGUGCCCCAAGCAGUACAAGCAUUACUGCAUCCAUGGGAGAUGCCGCUUCGUUGUGGAUGAGCAAACUCCCUCCUGCAUCUGUGAGAAAGGCUACUUCGGGGCUCGGUGUGAGCGAGUGGACCUGUUUUACCUCCAGCAGGACCGGGGGCAGAUCCUGGUGGUCUGCUUGAUCGUGGUCAUGGUGGUGUUCAUCAUUUUGGUCAUCGGCGUCUGCACCUGCUGUCAUCCUCUUCGGAAACACCGUAAAAAAAAGAAGGAAGAGAAAAUGGAGACUUUGGAUAAAGAUAAAACUCCCAUAAGUGAAGAUAUUCAAGAGACCAAUAUUGCUUAAUGGUUAUAAAGUUAUCAUAAGCUGGUGGCGAGCUACAAAAGACCUGACUCAUUUGCAGAUGGACAGGACAUGUCUCAGGAAAACAGCUAGCAGAAAUGAAUGUUUAAAUAUUGUAUUUACUUUUUUUAUUUGUAACUGUGUGUUGCUUGUUAUUGUUUUUAAUAAUGAUAUAUAUAUUUUUUUGUUACAGCCUAGUAGUUGAGAAAAAUGACCUGGUUAGGUGAGGACAAAAAUAAGGGACAUUUGAAUAUAAAAUUUGUUGCCAGGAUUAUUAAACAAAAGAAAAAGUGGAAAACAAGUUAGAUUUUAAGAACUGAGUCACCAUCAGGCAAUGAUGCUUUUAAUCCCAGCACUUGGGAGGCAGAGGCAGAGGCAGAGGCAGGCAGAUCUCUGUGAGUUCAAGGCCAGCCUGGUCUACAAAGCAAGUUCCAGAAUAGCCAGGGCUACAUAGAGGAACCCUGUCUCAAAAAACCUAACCAACCAACCAACCAAACAAACAAACAAACAAAAUCCUGUCAAUAAUAGGGCUUCGAGGGUUUAUACACUUACCACAUGCUAAGAGCUUGAAAUGUAUUAUUUAUUUUAUCAUUUCAGUGGUCUGUGAGAUUGCAUUAUUUUUGUCCUCAUCCCUACAUAUGCAAAAGUUAAAUGAUUUCAUUUAACUUUUUAGAAAUAGAGGAAUUGAGAGAGCCAGAACGGAUAUGGACCCAGAUUCGGAGCUGAUGCUCUUAUCAUUUUUGUGAAUUUGAGUUCCAAGAUCUAACUCAAUAGUGUAAUCCAAGAGUUCCAUCUGAACCACGCUUUGCUAUGAUUCUAAGAUGGUAGGGCGAUUUUCCCACGUUGACACAGAAUACGGAGUCCUUCAGGAUUGACUUCAUGGUUUUUAUUAGCUUGCUUUUUCAUAAAGUCUCAGUGACAUGAGAAAAUUCUUAGAUCACCAAAACAACCAUCAAAAGUGCAAGGUGGGUGUUCAUUCACCCUUGCAUGGGUAUUGAUCCUCAGUAAAGUAUAAACAGCAUAAGAAGAGACCGUUAGUAUUGGUGAUGUCACAUCUGAACAUGUGACCAUAUGCGACCAUAGCCUCAAGCCCAGUGCAUGUAUGUUUGCUCUCAGGUGAAUUUUUGAUGCCAUAACAAACAUCCUGACCAUAGCAUUUAUGAAUUGAAUCAUUUUGCCACUCUUGUGGUCCUUUGACUACAUGCUGUAUUUAGUAGAAAUUAAAUAAAACAUAAAAAAUUAAAAUUUCCAUUUGGUCAGUAUUCUAUAGAACGUGGAAAUUUCCACAAUGUUUAGGUAGGUCACUUACAGCAGCCAAUGGGAAGAUGUCUUCAGACAAUGUUGCUUUGCUGCCUGUUUGGAUCCUUGUAAAUUUUACUUUACAAGAGAGAUUCCAUAGAUUCAAACAAAUGCCUGGAUUCCCAAAGUUCUUCUAGCACAGUGUUUAUAAGUAGGCUGGGAUUUCGAUAAUGAAGAUUAUCUGCCAACUUCACUAAGUUUUAAAACUGACAAAUCUCAAAAUGUUUUUUCUUCCUUGUGACUUAAUGUUCGUUCUUGAAAAAUGGCUGCCCAAACCUGACUCAGAUUCAUGUCUUAUUUAGUCUUCCGGGGCUCAUGUGUGAGUAUUUCUUUCCAGUCUUUUUGAAUGCUAAACAGGUUUGAAUUGCAUAGCCACUAGAACAUUAAAAAUACCACCAGUACUGUUAAGUGUCUCUGCUUCCUGAUUCCUGGUUGACUGACCAAAGCAGCCAAUAUUGGGAAACU